AUGGUGCGGCCACUGCUGCUCUUCGUCACACACACACCUCUGCUGCUGCUGCUCUCAGACGUCUGUACGGCAGCCAAUAGGGAGCUUCUAAUCACCACAAUAAAGCAAGAUCCGUACACCAUGUCCAAGGGUUCUGGUCUAGAAGGCUACUGCAUGGACCUGCUGUCUGAGCUGGCUAAGAGGCUCGGGUUCCGGUACCGAACACACCUGGUCAGAGACGGAGCUUACGGGCGGGUGGACGACGCAGGAGCAUGGAACGGCAUGAUUGGAGAAGUCAUGAGAGGGGAGGCUGACAUGGCGGUCGCUCCGCUGACUCUAACGGCAGCUCGUGAGCGCGUGGUGGGCAUGACGAAGCCCUUCAUGCAGACGGGAAUCAGCAUCCUAAUGCGUAAAGACAUGGCGGACGAGGACGACUCGCUAUUCGACUUCCUGGCUCCCUUCUCAACACAGACCUGGAUCGGAGUCCUCAUCGCAUACCUCCUCACUGCAGCAUGCUUCUGUGUAGUCUGCAGGCUGAGCCCGCCGGAGUCGGAGGAGAAGUUCACCAUGCUGCACAGCCUGUGGUACGCCGCUGGAGCCCUCAGCCUGCAAGGCGCGGGCCCCCACCCUAGGAGUGUGUCUGCACGCGUCAUCAGCUGUGUGUGGUGGGUCUUCGGGCUUGUCCUCCUCUCCUGCUACUUUGCCAACUUAAGCGCCUCCCACAAGACCUCUGAGCCCACCCACCUCAUGAUCAAGGGCUUUGAGGAUUUGGCCAAUCAGGAAGUCAUCGAGUACGGAACGCUCGCCGGCUCCUCCACGCUCAGCUUCUUCAAGAACUCCAACAACCCCUCGUACCGGCGUAUCUACGAGCACAUGGAGCGUCGUAAGAGCCUGGUGGCGUCGAUGGAUGAGGGCGUGAGUCGGGCGCGGGAGGGGAACUACGCCUUCAUAGGGGAGUCUGUCUCACUGGACCUCGCCGUUGCACGAUACUGCGAACUCGUACGCGCACACGAGGUCAUCGGGAUGAGGGGGUACAGCAUCGUCACACAACUAGGCUCCCCCAUGCUAAAGAACUUGAGCAUAGCCAUCCUGCAGCUGAGUGAAGCUGGAGAGCUGGCCUACCUGCGUAGCAAGUGGUGGGCGAGCAGCUGCGUUGGUAACGGCGGCGACGGCUCGGGGGUGAAAGGUCACGGCAUGCGGGGUGUCUUUAUCCUAUUGGCUGUCGGCCUUGGCUCCUCCCUCCUCAUCGCCCUAUUGGAGCUCGCUGGCCGUGCACGACGCACCGCACAGGAGCAGAGGAAGUCCUGCUGUACGGUGUUGUCUCAGGAGCUGAGUCAGCGGUUGAGAGGAGGGGGAGGUGCCAGGACGGAGGAGGCAGCGGAGAAGACCAAGGCCUAAACACACACACAGUACACAUGCAAGCACACACACACACUCUUCCCAAACACACACACUUUCCCCUAACACACAAACACUCUCCUCACACAUGCACACUUCCUUCAUGCACAUGGCAGCACACCACUCACACACACAAACC